AUGGCCUGCCGCUCGUGCGUCGUGGGCUUCAGCAGCCUCAGCAGCUGCGAGGCCAGCCCGGCGGGACGCCCCCGGCCCGGCCCGUCGGGCUGGGGCGGCUGCGGGGCCCCCGGGCCCGGCUUCGGCUCCCGGAGCCUGAGCGGCUGCCGGCCGGCGGGCGCCCUCCCCAGGGUGACCGUCGACCCCAGCCUGCUGGUGCCCCUGGACCUCAAGGUGGACCCGGCCAUCCAGCAGCAGAAGACCCAGGAGAAGGAGGAGAUGAAGGUGCUCAACGACCGGUUCGCGUCCCUGAUCGGCAGAGUGCAAGCCCUGGAACAGCGCAACCAGCUGCUGGAGACGCGCUGGCGCUUCCUGCAGGGCCAGGACUCGGCCCCCUUCGACCUGGGGCACCUGUACGCCGAGCACCAGGGCCGGCUGCAGGAGGAGCUGCUCAAGGUCAGCCAGGAGCGGGGCCAGCUGGAGGCCAACCUGAUGCAGAUGCUGCAGAAGGUGGAGGAGUUUCGGAUCCGGUACGAGGAGGAGAUCUCCAAGCGCACGGACAUGGAGUUCACCUUCGUGCAGCUGAAGAAGGACCUGGACGCCGAGUGUCUCCGCCGCACGGAGCUGGAGACGAAGCUGAAAGGGCUGCAGAGUUUCGUGGAGCUGAUGAAAACCAUCUACGAGCAGGAGCUGAAUGACCUAACCUCCCAAGUGAGGGAUGUGUCCGUGACGGUGGGCAUGGACAGCCGCUGCCACAUCGACCUGAGCGGCAUCGUGGAGGAGGUGAAAGUCCAGUAUGAUGCCAUCGCCGCUCGAAGCCUGGAAGAGGCAGAGGCGUACUCCCGGAGUCAGCUGCAGGAGCGGGCAGCGCGCUCGGCCGAGUACGGGAGCAGCCUCCAGAGCUGCCGCAGCGAGAUCGCGGACCUCAACGUGAACAUCCAGAAGCUCAGGUCGCAGAUCCUCUCGGUCAAGAGCCACUGCCUGAAACUGGAGGAGAACAUCAAGGCCGCCGAGGAGCAGGGGGAACUGGCCUUCCAGGACGCGAAGGCCAAGCUGGCCCAGCUGGAAGGCGCCCUGCAGCAGGCCAAGCAGGACAUGGCGCGCCAGCUGCGCGAGUACCAGCAGCUGAUGAACACCAAGCUGGCCCUGGACAUCGAGAUCGCCACCUACAGCAAGCUGGUGGAGGGCGAGGAGAGCCGGAUGGACCUGCCAUCAACGGCUGUGGUCAGCACUGUGCAGUCCAGACCCAGAAUCGCUGUGUCCAAGUGCAGUGUCCCUAGAGCCUCCUCCCGGAAGAAGAAGAACAAAAAAGGGCCUGUGAUUCAAAUCACCGAGAUGUCCGAGAAGUUCCUCUUGCAAGAGUCGGAGGCUUCAGACUAA